GUUUUGUUUUCAUGACUUCGAUGCACAUUGAUGACAUGAAAAUCCACCAUUAAGUUCAAGAACAACCGGUGGAUCAAUUUAACUAUACAUGGCUAAGGAUGCUCUUGCCCUGAUCACCCUAUUCCUUUUCCUCUUAGUUUCAACAGGUAUGAUUCAGACCUAAAGUUAACACAACUUCCUAUCUGACAUCUGCUCUUAAGACUCCCACAGGCUCAACUUGAAUUUAAUGGAAUUAUGCAGCAAUGCCUAUCACAGAAGAAAAGCUUUGCCAGAGGCGCAGCAAAACCUGGUCAGGAUCUGCACAAACUCUGGCAGCUGCAAUCGAACAAUGCAAGAACUUGGAAAAGGCAUUUAGUGGAGCUAUAUCAAAUGCCGAAAUCAAAAGUUCAACAUAUGCUGCCUGCUGUUGAUGAUGAUGUUUCAUGUUUGCUUAAAUAAGCCAUCCAUGGUUAUAUCCGAAUACAGUGUGAGAAUG